UGCUUGAGAACUUAAUUUUUUAUGUUUAUAUAGAUGAAUGACGAACAAGGUAAGGUUUACUAUAGUAUAAUAUUGAUUCAGUCAAAUUUAGUUUAACACGUGUCAAGACUGUGUGGUCAUUACUAAAUCUUAUUAGAGUUGAUCCGUAACGUCGCUAGCUGACUGUUAGCUUACAGCCGCUCAGAGUGAGAAGCUUUAAGAAAAAAUAAAUGUCAGCGGUGUGUUUGAGGUGGACACGGUGACCACAGCGAAUUAACAGCAGGAUGACGCUCGUUUCCAGUUAGCGUGUAGAUGCUAAUUGGAACUCGGCUAAGGUACUUUGUGGAAAGUCGUAAAAAAUAAUAAGAAGAAGCGGAGAAUGGCUAAAGACACACGCGGCAGCAUUGCUGAACUGGACCAGAAGAAAUACGAUGCAGACGAACAUGUAAAAAUAAUCUGUCUGGGAGACAGCGCAGUCGGUAAAUCCAAGUUGAUGGAGAGGUUUCUCAUGGACCACUAUCGCCCGCAGCAGUUGUCAACCUAUGCUUUGACCCUCUACAAAUACACAGCCACUGUUGAAAGCAAGACUGUGGCCGUCGAUUUUUGGGACACUGCGGGCCAGGAGAGGUUUCAGAGUAUGCACCCCUCUUACUACCAUAACGCACACGCAUGCAUCAUGGUUUUUGAUGUUCAAAGGAAGAUUACAUAUAAGAACCUGGCUAACUGGUAUAAGGAGCUGAGAGAGUACCGACCAGAGAUUCCAUGUUGUGUGGUCGCCAAUAAAAUAGAUGCUGAUGUAAAGGUGACACAGAGGAGCUUUAAUUUUGGGAAGAAGCAAGGACUUCCAUUUUACUAUGUGUCAGCAGCUGCUGGGACCAAUGUAGUCAAGAUGUUCAGAGAGAUGAUCAAGAGAGCGUUGGAUUACAAGCUAAACCCGUGCGACUUCAUGGAUGAAGUGAUGCAAGAAUUAGAGAACUUUGACUUGGAAAUGAAGGGAGAUCAUUCAGGAGGCGGUGAGGAUGGAGACAGCCCCGAGGUGGCCUGACAGUCUUCACGUAUCCUCCGAACCGUAUGUAUCACCUCAAGGAUUUGUUGAUCUGGCUCCGGGGCCAGAUUGUGCUUUUCAUCAGCACUUUGCUCUGGGACUUCACCAUGAUUUAUGAUGGUGCACAGCUGGGGCCAUAUUCACAAAACAUCUUCAGGCUGAAUGUAGCUCCUGAGUGACUGAUCAAAGAGAAACUGCUAAAA